AUGCCAUCCGAAUCCUCUUCCCAGAAAGACUCCCGGACCUCUGCCCAACGAGGUUCAAAGUCCAGCAAUUCCAGCACCAAGGCCCAGCGGGGCUCGGCCUCGGGUUCUCAGCACGGGCAGACUCAGGAGACCGGAGGUUCCUCAAGCCAGGACCACUCCGGCGCCAAAGUCCCAGUCAAGGUCUUCUACAGUGAACAGGACUUUGCGCACAUUGGCGCCCAGUUCUAUGAUGAGUAA